GAACAAAUUAUUGUUACUUUAUCUCUCAGGUUGUUGAAGGGUCAGAUCCACUUAAGGAAACACAGUCUCUGAUAAACAUGCCUACAAAUUUGACCGAUGGACCUCUGUGGCGCGUUCGACUUCUAUCAUCUACCCCUGAAGCCCUUCCUCCUCGGCCAGAGAUAAACGAAAAAUUUCCAUAUCGGAACACAGUGAUAUUUGAGUGCCAACAUGCAGCAUUUGAUGGUGCUGAUAUCAUAAUGAUUAUUGGUUGGUUCCAUAAAAUCAUUGAUGACAUGCUAAGCGGAAAGCCCAUUGAUACUUUGCAAUUUGGUCAACUUGCAGACCACAGUCAGACAUCGGAAAUUACCCAACAAAUAAAAUCGGCUCUUGAAAAUGAUCCUGAGCGGUUGAGCUCAUUAAUUAAACUUAAAAAACAAGAGCCUGCCACUUCUGUCCUCAUUGAAGCUUUCGGAGCCCCAGAACCAUCUCAGGCAGAGACAAAAUACUUGGAAAAUGUUUUUCUGAAUAUCUCAGAUGUUGAUAAAUUUCAUGCCAAGUGUCAGUCUGAAAAUAUAUCGUUCAAUUCAGGAUUUACGAGUGUAAUUAACACGGCUCUUGUUGAGGUAGUAAUGGAGGCUGGCUUUACACGAGACGCCUACAAUAUUAGGAGUCGUAUUCCCAUUGAUAUGCGUCGUUACAUGAGAGAUUACUCCAAGGGCCUUUCGGGUUUCCAUGGUGCUCCAAUGUAUCAGAGCAUUUCAACACCUUACAAUGUUAAAGAUCAUUUCUGGAUGUAUGCAAAGCAGUAUGAUGUUCAGUUUCAGAAUAACUUGAAGAAAAAAUCAUUUAUUGAAGAUAUGAUCAUUGAGAGAAUGCUUCGGCCAGCUGAUUUUUCUCCUGAGAAAUUCUUUGCAAAUCCACAACCUAUUACGAGAGACUAUUUGUUUACAAAUAUGUUUAAACAUCAGUUCAGAACAUACGGAGUAGGUAAACAUGUUCAGCUAACAGAUUUUAAAAGUUAUGUAAAUAUUCAUGCUGUUGACGUUACAUUCAUCUGCGCCUUAUUAUUAAUAUGUGAAGAGGUCCGGUUUGAUGUCUGGUACUCGUCACGGGGAUUAACAAAAAAUACAGCACAAAACAUUGCUGACAAAACUGUUUCAGUCUUCAGUGAAAUUUGUGAAAAUAUAUAAUGUUUAGAUGUCAGAUCAAGGAAUUCCUUCAUAUGUAAGAAAUCAUAGAUGUCAAGAGUGGGUCACUUUGGGGCUUAAAUAGCCAAAUUACAUUUCAAUAUUUACUGUAACAUUUCGACGUAUAUGUACUUAGUUAUGUGUAAUGUAAAAUUGGCUCCAGCAAGUCAGUGAUAGAUAGUAAGUGCUCUCAAAACAUAAAGCCUCAUUAUCCAGCCUAUCCACCUGUUUUGGUGAGUACUAAUAGUAACGAUGAGGUCAUUGCUAUAUAUCCCGAUGUACAACAAAAUUAAAGAGUAGAAAUCUGAACUAAUGAGUUGAACAAACCGGAAAAUAAUUUUUUACUUGUGUUGCUUUGACACACACCCUCAUGUGAUGACUAGUGUGCAUCUGGGGGUUCCAAGAAUUACCCUCAUGGCUUCAUUUCUAAUUCUCUCUAACGCUUUACCCCUAUUGCUAGAGAGACUCAUAAGGUGCAGGGCAAUGUAGUCCAAUAGUGACAUGAUGGAUAUCAUGUAGAACAUUCUGGCAUUUUGUACAUUAAUAGAGGUGACUUGAUCAUUAAGUUUUCCUUAAAAUUAAUUUCAAUUUUAAUUUUGAUGACCAAAUACACAAAAUAUCAUCACCCUAACUAAACCAAGGAAUAAUUCUGGGGGUAAUUUUACAAAUAAAUUUCUUUAAAACAUUUCUUAUACAGAUUUGAAAGAAAUAGUUUUUCUUUCAAAUUAAUUUUUUCUUUCGAUUAAUUUAUCAUCAGUAAUGAUUUGGAACAUUCUUUAAUUUGUUAAAAAUCAUUUAACUAAAGAUCAUAUAAAUCCACCGAACUAGUCAAAUGUGAAUAAGAAAUAGUACCAAAGAGUGGGGGGCAAAAUUUUAGUGAGCCACUUAGAAAGCUCAAAGAUAAUGGGUCCCACAAAACUUAUAAUAGGUCUUGUGGUAUAAUUAGGCUUAUGAGUCUUGAUUAAAUGGAAUAAUAAUAACUAUUGUAUAAAA